AGCGCUGGAUACAGCAUCAGACCCACAAGGAUACGAAUAGGCUCCGAUACUUAUCGGAAUUCAAACGAGGCUUCUAGGGUUUCCAGAUACGUCCUGUAGACGCCUCUUCUCUCUCCUUCAUAAUCUUCCUUGUAUCACCUCCUGCUCCCACCUUGUCCUCUUCUUCUUCUUCGAUUUGUAGGUUCUAAAAACCGUAGUGAAAUCUAGGGAUUUUAGAUUUCGUUUUGGGCGUUAAUCGUAGACUUAGGGUCUCCAAAUCUCUAACCGGAUCGAUUAUUAGUCUGGUUGUUGUUUUGUCGAUUCCCGAGAGACUAGGUGAUAAUCGAAGCGGGGAAAAAAUUUGCGAUUUAGGUAUGAAGCGGUCGAGGAAUACGAAGAGGGUUUCGUGGUCUCCUGGAGUUAAGCUCUGUCAGGUAAAACUGUUUUCAUUGGAGGAUUGUCCUGCAGAGGUUGGGCUGAGAUCAGAAGAUCAUCUUCAAUCAAGGACAUCAUGGAUGCUGCAUUCUGAAACUAUGGAAUCUAAUCAUUUUCCACCUGGGUUUGGAGGCAGUCCGUCUGAGAAACAUUUGAAGAAAGAACCUAUCCAAGCCCGUCGAUUGAAAUGGAAAUGCCCUCCCAAGUUUGUUAUGAGUCACAACUGGCAAGUUGUAGCCGGUGAAGAAAGCAAAGAAGUGGAGGCUCAAAACAUAAGGGAAACAAGAGUGCUCGAAGCCGUUUAUCCACGCCCUUCGGCCAUUCCUCCUAGUCCUUCUGUGUCUAGGGACAUAGAAAGCGAACAUUGUGAUGAUAGCCUCACUCCCAUAGUCCCCACAAAUCCAAUCGAAGAAGAGGAGUCUGCAGUCAUACCAUCCAAUUUGACACAACCCAUGAAGAACACCCUUGUUUGCCCACAGCCAUUGCCAUCUGAAACUUUGAACUCUCCAACCCCAAAAUGCUCUACCUCUGGGGCACCUACCAUUGAGAACGCCCUAGAAAUUCUACCCAAGGUGGGUGCAGACGUGAUUGCCACGGCAUCUACUGCUUUGGCCUCACUCAUGAAAACCAACCAGCAGGGAAGCUUGAUCGAUACUGAUUUGCUCAUCAAAAUCCUUAGUGACCCAAAAAUGAUCCAGAAAUUGAUUGCUGAUCAUCCUCCACCAGUAAAUCCAGUAAGCCCCCCUCCUGCAAAUACGCUAAGUGAACCUGCCAAUACAGGAACUGCACCCAUGAAUGUGUCUAAGCCAGUAACUCCAACAGUAUAUCCGACAGUCUCAAAACCUGAUAUACAAAGGCCUGGUAAUGGAUUCUUGUACCAAGUUUCCAACGGGGUGAGACCUACUCUGAACAGUACACUUCCUCCCCAUCCAGACAAUGGGAUGAAGCCAGUAGUUCCAUCACUUGCCUUGUCCUGCCCUGAACCCAACAAAGUCCUACCGACUAAGCCGGCAAACGGAAAUCUUUACGGUGCACCAUUGAAUCAGGUUCGACCCGCAUUAAGUGCAAUGCCUGCACAACCAAUUAAAGCUUCAAUUUCUAGUUUCACUGCCAUGGAAGCUAAACCUGUUAAGGAUGCAAAUUACUAUAAGAACCUCAUUAGGCAACAUGGAGGAGAAAAGCAAGAACCUCGGGAACAACCUAUGCUUGGACAAAAGGGUGAACUUCAAAGCCUCGUACAAAAUAUUAAACAUGGAGAAAUGAAACCCAAGAGUAAAAAACGUUGCAUAUACUUUAAUGGGCCAAAGGGCUGCCGAAACGGCGUUAGUUGUCCAUUCCAGCACGACAUGUCGUACCAGUGGCGGACGGGUAGUAGUAUUAUAGAAGAGUUCCCGAGUGCAAAGAGAAUGAGACUGGGUGGGGAAAUUACUGGGGGGAUAUAAAUUUACUUUCACCGCGAGGCUUCCUGCAGUCACUUUGAUUUCUUUUGCGGCGUUAUUCUAGUUGAGUCUUCUGUACAUAGAAUUUCCCCGGAGAGUUGGAACAGAGUUUCUAGAGAGAGAGAGAGGAUUGAUAUUUUCACAUAUUAAGAAGGAAACAACUGGUUGCUGGUGCAGUUUGAAAUUUAAUCAAAUAAUUUUGCUGGUUUUAAUCAA